UCCGGUUUUGUGCACGAGGACAUUUUAAACAACUGGCAAAGCAGGAAGAAACGAUGUAGUUUGUUUCUGUGAUACUUAAACCUUGGACUGCCGUUGUGUUAUAGUAAUCUAUGUAUUUAUUUAACCUUAAUCCACUAGUUUAUAUAUCUUUUUUUUUCUUUGUCCUCGCGACCAAUCUUUGGUAACCACGCUGCGACGUCACGUUGUUUUGCUCUGCGUUUGGGAGUGUCAGAGGAGUGACCACCCUGAUAAGACUGCCCUGCCCGUUCGACAACUUAUAUCACGAUAUUACAGCAUGCUAGAGAAAUUGGCUGUAUGAGUGCAAAAUUAUUUUGCAUCACAACGUACAUCCAUUACUUUGUGCAGGAAGCUUAGACAGCGAGAGGAGAUGACCAUGUGGCUGCCUCUGAUUGGGAUGACAGCCCUGCCACACGUGGGAGGGAUCUAUGGUGGUUUCAUCACACGCCAACAGGUGAAGACCUGGUACCCAACCCUGAAGAAACCUUCAUGGCGUCCACCGAAUGCAGCAUUCCCUGUGGUGUGGACGUGUCUGUACACAGGAAUGGGAUAUGGCUCCUACCUGGUGUGGAAAGAGCUCGGAGGUUUCAGUGAGAAUGCACUGGUUCCACUGGGACUUUAUGGACUGCAGCUUGCUCUGAACUGGGCCUGGACUCCUAUUUUCUUUGGUGCCCACAAGCUGAAAUGGGCACUAAUUGAGAUUGUGCUUCUGACUGGGACUGUUGGAGCCACGAUGGUGUCCUGGUAUCCUAUCAGUGGAACUGCCACACUGCUUCUGGCUCCGUAUCUGUCCUGGCUGUGCCUUGCCACCUCCCUCAACUACUGCAUAUGGAGGGACAACCCUGAGAAAAAAGAAGAGUAGGGAAAAUGCCUGUAUGCUUCAGCUACUUCAGUUUUGAUUCACUACAUUGUGCUCUUGUUCACAGUUAAGCUUGUUGAUUCAAUAAUUCAGCUGAUAUCAAAAGGUUGAUGUUAUAAUAUGGGCUUGUUGGGACCUAUCAUUGUCUGCAUGUGUUGGCCAAUAGACCACAAGCUAUUAAGAAAUAGCAUCAGGUCCAGUAGAAAGCAUUAUUGUUCCACCAAUUAAGUUCAGUUGUAAGGCAGCCUGUCUUUGACAUAAAUUGUAUGGAUUAUUGUUCGAAAAAGUUCUCCCUUUCAGAGUGCUUACAAACGUCCAAUGCAGAAUUGGCCAGGCUAUGUUAUUAAACUGAAGUGAAAUAGAAGUAUAAAGCUGUUUUUUAUGUGCUGCUUCCUUAAUGAGAAAUAUCCCAAAUGUGAAUUUGCAACUAAGUUUUGUGUUGGAAAAUUGUAUUUUUCACCUGUGAAUAAAAUCUUGUUUUUCAAAAGAA